AUGACGGGCCUCCCAACCCUUGCGUAUUGCCUUUCCUCAUCAUCCUCGGCAGCAUCGACCAGUGGAACAACCCGUGGGAUGACCCAGGCCCAGAGUUUUUGGGAUUCGAUGGAAUCCGUCGGUUCUCUGCCCGAUCCUCCACCUCCCGAGCUGCUUUCCCGUAUCCAGGCCAAACCCUACCGCGGUGGGUUUGAACCAGCGACCGACGUGGACCGGUACGAACCGAGCAUUACGUUCGGGGCUCUCCCUUCCGAUCUCAUCGGAUCCUGGGCGGGGAACGGUCCCGGUCGCAUACGCAUCGGCCGGCGACAAUACGGCCAUUGGUUUGACGGGGACGGAUACGUCACGCUACUCAGUCUGGAUGGAUCGCGGAACAAGGUAACGUUCGGGGCCAAGUACGUUCGGACGGAUCGGUUUCGGGCCCAGCAUCGUCGGAUGGAAACCUUGGACGAGAUACAGCGCCGGGACCCACCACUGGCGUCCGCCGGCGCCUGGACGCCACGGGGUCGGGGACGCUGGUACGAAAAUAUGGCGGCCAAGCCGACGAAUCCCGCCAAUACCGCCACGAUGUGGCUCGUCGCCAACGAUGCUUCGGUGACGAAACCACCACGGCUUCUCGCACUCUGUGAAGGGGGGCAACCCGUGGAAGUAGACCCUUUCACAUUGGCGACCAUCGGGGACGAAGCCUCAUUUUUUGGGGAGACGCAACCCGAUUCGUUCUUCUCCGCGCACUUUUCCCGGUGUCUCCGUACUGGCAAUAUUUACAAUCACGGGUACAAGCUCAAGCCUGGCCCGGGAGUCAAGGAAAUCAAUCUGGUUCGCCUCGCUCCCAACGGAACUUUAUUGGACCAAUACAGCUCCCCAAUGCCGUUUGAUACGUUCGUCCACGACUCUGUUCUGGAUUCUCAAUCUCGCCAUUUGGUCUACUUUCUACCACCCUGGAAGGUUCCGGAUGCUUCUAUUGUGCAGUUUCUGUUGGGCAAAUCGCCGUUUGGCAAACUCUAUGAAUGGGACGAUGGCGAUACUGCGUACGUGCACAUUCACGACGCCCAGGACUUGUCCUUAUCCUGGCGUAUCGCACUGCCUUCCCUUAUGAGUGUCUACCAUAUUUUGGAUGUUCACCGAGAUGACAUUUCCCCGGAUUCCGACGGUGCCUUUAUACUCCGCGUGCGUUUGGCUGAACUGACUCCGUUAGAUCGUGUCCGGCAAGAAGCCCAAUUUUCGGACCAGUACCGUGUGGAAGAGCAACGUCUCAUGACGACCUUGCGGGAAUACAGCUUCGAACUGAGUCCGCAGAGUAGAGAAGGCCGUUUCGUGUCGGCCCGGGAUGUGGCGCCGGACAUGGCGAGUUGCGAAUUCCCGGUGGCCAACGUGGGGUUUGCGCCCGUGCAUGCACGCCGACGCUACUGCUGGACAAACGCUUUAUCACAGCAAGACACUGAUCACAAUUGGCUGGACGGAUUGCAAAAGAUUGACAUGAAGACGGGGACGGUUUCGCCUGUGGCGACGUUCGGAGCCGGCAACUACUGUGGGGCUCCCAUCUUUGUACCCAAAAGUGAUGCAAGCCGGGAGGAUGAAGGCUAUUUGUUAGCUAUGGUCUAUAAGUCGGGCACGCAUCAGAGUGAUGCCGUGGUACUAGAUGCGGACACCUUGGAAACCUUGUGCGUGAUGGAGUUGAAGCACCACGUUCCAUAUCAAUUUCACGGUGACUUCCAACCUAACUUUGUCGUAUGA